AUGAAAUAAAGGCCUUUAUUUCUUAAUGUUGACUUGUCUCCUUAACCAAAUAAAACACCAAACAAAUCACCAAUAUAAAGAACAAAAACGCCAUUAAAAGAAACUUAAAAAUCGUAAUCUAGAUUCCAUUCACCAAUUGAUACUUAGCCUACCCGUUAAACAUCAACAAUCAUCACUGUAUUUAUACAACGUUACUUUUUGGCAAUAGGAACUAAUUUCCAAGAGAAGUGGAGCAACUGGUAGAUCUCAAACAUAAACAGCUGUUGAAUAAGAAAUUCCAGUCAAAUAAACUUCUGAUUUCUAGACCAUCUAUCAACGUAGUUUAAAAGCUAACUAUAUUCCUAAAAUAACACAUAUCAAUGCUUAAACACCUCCAAAAUAAUAAAGUGUUCCUAGUCCAGCUACUCCUAUAAACCAUUAAUUCAUUUCAUAGAAUAUAGAGAAAAAUAUACCUAUUCAUACUAAUAUUGUUAAUAAACAGAAAGAAAAAGUUUAAAUCUAUAUAAGAAUAAAGCCAAACCUAACAAAUGAGAAAUCUGUAGUUAAGAAAUUAUCUAAUUAACAUUUAGCAGUCCAUACAUUUGAGGAUACAAAUAGAUAAUUUGAAUUUGAUACUAUUCUAGAUAAUUCAUCUUAAGAGGAAGUGUAUAAUUUAACUAGUAAAUAAAUUGUAUCAGAUUGUAUUGCUGGAAGAGCAAAUGGAGUAGUAAUUGUAUAUGGAUAAACAGGAUCUGGUAAGACUCAUACUAUGGGAUUACUUGAAUAAUCAAAAGGAGUUAUAUAAUUGGCUAUGUCUGAUAUAUUUUAAUAGAUUAGAGAGUAAAAUGAAAAUGGUAGUAAUUUUAAAAUUGAAAUGAGUUUUAUAUAGAUAUACAUGGAUAAAAUAUAUGAUCUAUUAAACAAUAAUGGAUAAUAAUUGUAAAUAAGAGAAUCUAAAGAUUCCAUUCCAUAUAUAUAAGGUGCUGUCUAAAUUUCUAUUGAAGAUUAAAAUGAUGGAAUAUAAUUAGUUUCUUUUGGGAUAAAAAAUAGAGUAGUAGCAUCUCAAGUAAUGAAUGUCAAUUCUUCAAGAUCUCAUACACUUUUAACAAUUUAUAUAAAAAAGUAAGUUUAAGAUAAAGUUAUAUGUUCAAAAGUUGCUUUUAUUGAUUUAGCUGGUAGUGAAAGAAAUAAAAAGUCAUUGUCUAAAGGUUUAAGACUUGAUGAAGCAACCUAUAUAAAUGAAUCUUUAUCAGCUUUAGGAAAUGUAAUUGCUGCUUUAGGAUAACCUAAUUAAUAACAUGUUCCAUAUAGAGAAUCAAAAUUAACUAGAACUUUAUAAGGUUAUUUAACUGGAGAAUCAUAAAUUUCUCUUAUAUGUACAAUCACAAAAUUAGCUGAAAGUACUAAUGAAACUCUUUAAACAUUGAUGUUUGCCUAAAGGUGUAAGGAUGUAGUGUUGAGACCAUAAAAAAUAAUACCAAUUUAAGAUGAAGAAACUUUAGACAAUGGUGAUUUAUUAAAAUAGAUAGCUGAAUUAAAAGAAACUAUAAAAGAUCUUUAAGAAUAAUAAUAAAAACAAUAAUCCUUAUAAAAUUAAUAAUCAAAAUAAUAAGACAAAGAUUUCUUAAAAUUUCUUAUCAAUAUUAUACUAAAACUAAAAUAAUAUACUUUCAGUAAUUUAUCCAGUUGUUAGCUUUAAGAAAAGUAGGCUUUAGCAGAAAAGUUCUUACAAGAUAGUACAUAUUAUUAAACUAUUUAAUUCCCAAAAGAAAUUUAAGUAAUGAUGAUGGAAUAAAUAUAAUCUUAAGAGAUUGAUUAAUAAAAAGUUGAAUAAUGUUUAGAUGGUAAUAAAGAAUAAAUUAAAGAUCUUGCUAAGAGUUUUACUUAAGAUAUUCAUUAUUUAGUUUAGGCUUUUAAACAAUAUUCUGAUAUGCGUUAUAAUUAUAUUAUUGAAAAAAUACUUGAAUAAUAUAGAUAAAAAGAAAUUUAAGUUUGGGCUAAAGGUUUAGCAUAUUUAUUGAUAACAAUCAAAUAACUUUUAAAUUAAUUAUAUGAAAUUAAGUAAUUUGAUAUUGCCUCUGAUAUUUAUUUGGAAGGAAUUAAACAAUAGUUAUAUCAUUUAAUUAAUGAUAAAGGAACUAUGUAUAAAUCUCCAUAAAAGAUUUGUGAUCUAAUUGAAAAAUUUUAUUGCUCUGAAACUGAUUUUAGUUUUAAUUAAAUGAAAAAAUUUUCAAGUAGUUUAAAUAUUCCAUCAUAAACAAUGUCUGAUAAAUAUAAGUAGAAAAUAGAAAAAUUGAUUGGCACAUAUGGCUAAGGAAUAAAAGUUGUAAAACCAACUGAACCUCCACCAAUAUAUCAUUCUCCAUCUGUUAAUGUUUCUACAUUAAUUUAAAGUCGUAAAUUUUAAUAAAAUCCAUUUAAUGAUAUAUCUUCUUUGACUGAAUAAUAAGCUGCUUCAUCUGUUGAAGAAUCAAAUUUAAGAGAAGAAGUACAUGUAAUACCAAAUAAUGAAAGUCUACUUUAAGGAAAAUUGAGAUUCAAAGAGGAUGAAUUACUCAUUUAUUCCAGAAAUUAGAUGGCAGCACAGAUGGCGGCAAGAAAAAAAUAGUUAAAAUGA